CUGACAAAUGUUACUACUUUUACUGGUGACAGGUUGCCGUAGCUACUCGGCUGCAAAUUUUCCUGUAAACUUCAAGGUUAACUGUGCGAGAAAACCAGGAAGGCUGGGCAGCUGCCUGUGUUUGAGAUCUUCCCCCGGUGGCAGCAACCGGAAGACUGGAAUCUCCCUCUUUCAGCACAGGUGCACUCUUGAGGAUUUACCAGCCAUCCGCAGGGGCCAGCUGGGUUUAUUCUAAAGACAUUAACUCAGUUCCUGUAGAUAAAGAUCUGAGGACCUAAAUGUCAAACUGAGAACAUGCAAGAGAACACCAUCGACCAGCCCCCGUCACUGUCUCAGCUCCUGAGGGAGAGCUACUUGGCAGAGGCCAGAGCACAGCAGCGCCACAGCGAGAUGAGCCGCUCAGACGCUACUUCCUCACGCCUUCAGAUCUACGGAUCACUCAAAGGCAAGGCUGAGGACAAUGUGGGCCACAAUGAUCCCCAAUUAACCGACCUGUCAGCUUUCCUCAGCCAAGAGGAGCUGGAUAAGAGCGUGAAUCUGGCCCGCCAGGCCAUCGGACAUGAGCCUCGUGAGGAGAGGGCAGAGGUCAAGGCCCCUGUAGCACCAUUAACCCCCUCCAGCAUCUCAGCCUCAGUUCCUUCCUCUACACCUUCUUCUGUUUCCUUCUCUAACCCCGCUCCUGUUCCCUUUGCUGCCCCCUCAACUGUGCCCUUCACUCAGCCAGCCUCCGAGUUUAAAGAACUACCACCAACACACCCUACAUUCACACCCGACAGAAAGAUGCACAAAGCGUCCACACGGCAAGACAACAUGAUCAGGAACAGCAGGGACUCCAGUGAAGGAUUCCAAGAUUAUAACAGGUCAGCGAGGAACGCCCCGUACGGUGUGGAGACCCAGUCCAAGAAGGAGUUCCUAAACAAGGCAGCCGACUUCAUAGAGGAGCUCUCCUCUCUCUUCAAGGCCAACAGCUCCAAGCGGAUACGACCGAGAGCCUGCAAAACACACAGGACCAGAGUCCAGAACAAGCAGAAGAAUGAUGGGACAGUUUAUCCCCUCAGCUCUAACAACAGGGAACGGUCCGUCCUGCCUGUGGAGGUGGAGAAGGAGAGACCGAGCCCUGCUGUCAGCCACCAGCUAGUCCAGCUGGACCCCGGGACUGGACAUGUGGAGUUUCAGGACUGCAGGAUUACUGAGGAGCAGCAGUAUGAUUCAGUGCCACAGGAGGCGGAGGAAGAGGCUGAAAGCUUUGCCCUGACAGACACAACAUACCCAGUAGAGCCUGUGUGUGAGCCGCCUCACUUCAUCCAGAAACUGAAAAGCAGAGAGGUUGCUGAGGGCUGCAAGGUCCAGUUGGACUGCAUCGUAAGAGGACUGCCUGUGCCUGAAGUGCGAUGGUUUUGUGAGGGCAAAGAGCUGGAGAACAGCCCUGACAUCCAGAUCAUCACCAACGGCGAGCUGCAUUCUCUGGUCAUCGCAGAGGCGUUCGAAGAAGAUACUGGACGCUACUCCUGCUUUGCUUCUAACUUCUAUGGUACCGACUCAACGUCAGCUGAGAUCUAUGUUGAAGGUGCCUCCUCUUCAGAUUCUGAGGGGGAACAGCACUUUGAACAUGUAGCCCAGCUGCAGAGGAAACAACCAAAGUCAUCCUCAUCUUUACCUCCAUCAUCAAGCCAAACUUUCCCUGCAGAGAAAGAAGAUUCACCGGAGCCUGCAGCAGCUGCUGAGGAACCAGCAGAGGAGCUCUCCUCCCCAACAACUAACCAAAUCGCCAUCCAGGAACCUCCUCUUCCAGUCUGGACAACAUCUGCUACCAUAUUUACAGCCACAGAGCUCUCUAAAGUAUCCGUGGCAUCCACAGAACCCCCUGCUCAGGAGGAGGCAUCAGUGUUACCUGUGCAGGUGUUUUCUACUUCAUCGGGUGAUACAGCACUUUCAGAAGUUCAGGAGGAGUCAUCACCUGUCCCUGUCAUAUCUACACCACAGCCGGUGCAAACAGCUACAGUUCUAGCUACAUCACUGCCUCUAAGCUCAGCUGUGCUGCCUGUUCUGUCAGUUCCAGCACAAACACCCCAACCUGAGGGUCAAACUUCCAACCAUAACUAUCCACAAGGUUUAAACGGCCAACCCAUCAUGGCUGCCCCUGUGUUUACAAAGAGCCUGCAGGACCUCCUUGCGUCAGAGGGCCAGCUGGUGGUGCUAGAGUGCCGUGUGAAAGGGGUGCCUUCACCUCGAGUGGACUGGUACAGAGAAGGAAAACUCAUCGAGGACUCUCCUGAAUUCAGGAUCCUGCAGAAAAAGCCCAGAUCUCCAGCUGAACCAGAGGAAAUAUGCACUUUGGUCAUUGCUGAGGUCUUUCCAGAAGAUUCGGGGAUGUUUACUUGUACAGCAAACAACAAGUAUGGAACCGUGUCUAGCACUGCUGCACUGAGGGUCAAAGGCAAUGGCAGCAGCAGCAACCACGUGAGGCCUUUUAACAGUUUAAUGGUGGAGCCUAGUCGAAUCCAAGAGCCUUUCCCAUCAGCUCCUACUGUAAACCCUCAACCAGAAGUUGCUGUGACCAGCAGCAUCAAACCUCACUCCAGCACAAUUCGCCUUGACCCGCUUGUCUCCAGCACCUUACGCCUGGACCCUUUAAACACCAGCACCCUCCGUCUGGACCCCCACAGCUCAAGCAUGUUGCGUCCAGACCCCCUUCGGACCAGUCUGCCCAGUCUGGAACCUUCCAGCCUGAUCGGCAGCUCCAGCUUGAACUCUUGCAGCACCAGCACCCCAAACUUAGACCCUCUCCGCCUCCACCAGGACCUUCCUGCAUCCAGUGUAGCAUCCAGUGAAGCACCUCCAGAACGACAGAGUAGCAGACCGAUUUUCUCAUACCCAAAACCCUUUGUUACUUCAUCUGCAGUUGAGAUGUCAGCUCAACAGGAAGUGUCCAGACCUGCAGCAAUACUGACUGACACAAGCUCCAAAGUUAAGAGGACCCCAAACCAUCAGAAUGGGAGCCCCGUCGUGGUGCCGCUGCCUGAUCCUCCUCCCAACUCCUGCCUAAAGUCAGGCAACCUGUCAAACCACAAAGACUCACGCUCCAGCUCCAGGGUCGGUCUGCGUGUGCACUUCAAACUGCCUGAGGAUGAGGAGGAAGAACAAAGUGAUGCAUCCGGUCACUCUGAUGAAGACAUUAAUGAGAUGUUGGUCAACAAAGAACCACCACCGGUGCUGGCUAAACCCAAACUGGAUCCAGCUCAGCUGCAGCUUCUGCACAACCAGGUCCUCAUGGAGCAGCAGCAGGAGACUGAACCUCCGACCCAAACCCCCAUCCAGCCUCAGUCCCACCCCCCAUUCCAGAUCCAGCUCCAGCCCGAGGUCCAAAGCUCCCAUGAAGGUCCACUGUGGUCUCCCAGAAUGCACCGUGAGCCCCAUGUGCCACCUUUUCAGUCAUACCUCAGCACGACGACGACUGUGCAGCAGACGCCUCCCUCUGCACCUUCGCUGACAACCACCCCUCUUGCUCCAUCGCUGACCUCUGCUCCAGCAGUCAGUGCCACCUUUCCACCUCUUAUCAACUCCUCCCCUGCUCCGCCUUUGAGCUCCCCUCCUUCUAUUCCUCAGCUUAAGACACCCUCCCUGGUGACCUCCCCUCCACCGGCCCCACAGCUUAACGCAGCUCCUUCUCUCAGCACAGCACCAGUAACCCAGACCAUCCACGCCUCCCACCUCAGCCUGUCCCCUGCAGCUCUUUCCAGAACACCACCCACCCCCCAGUUUUGCUCUCCCCCUGCAGCAAAGCUUAGUAUAGUUCCUACAGAUUCAACCCCGGCCUUACAGCAGAUCACAUCUCCUGCUCCUCUCCUGAGAAGCACCCACGCCUCCCUCAUGAACCUCUCCGCCAUCUCCCACACCUUCAACUAUGCCCGACCUAAAGAGUUCAUAGCCGCUCAGACCUUCUCCCCAGUCCGGAGUCCUUCCCCGACAGAAUCACCAGUCCCUCUGUUGCACGAGCUGGCGGCUGAGCUCAACUCCUCCGCAGCCAGCUCCCCUACUCUCCCACCAUUCUCCCCCCCGCCCAGGAUUUUCCCCACAAGGGUGCUUAAGUCCCCCACCAGCCCUCCAUCCCUCGUGUCCUCGCCCACACCAGGGUCGGCAUCAUUCCUGAACAGUGUCUUUGCCUUACGAGCCCAGUCGCCCCCUCAGGCGUCUUCUCCCACCUCCAGCAGCUCCACCCCCAGCCCCAUUCAAAACCCCGUAGCCUUCCUCAGCUCCGUCCUGCCAUCUCUGACCCCGAGCCAGGCCACCAACUCCAUGGGCCUGCCCAAGGGAGCUCCAUUACGGUUACAAAAGAAGCAGCCAAAGAUGCGCCUCCCACCAAUUGAAGAUGUCCAUGAGAGCAAAGAGCUUCUCCUCCAUGACAUCGAGAAGAAGCUUCAAUUUAAAGACGAUACUCCACAUUUUUUUCAUCAACAGGUACUAAAGCUGAAUAAUGAGGGGAAAACAGCGAGCAGACCCCUUGGACCAAACAUUCCUGCUACUGUCAUUAACUAUGAUGAGGAGUACAAAGUGUCCAACUUCGAGCAAAGACUAAUGAGUGAGAUUGAGUUCCGUUUGGAGCGAACGCCAGUGGAGGAGUCGGAUGAUGAGGUGCAACAUGACGACGUCCCCACGGGAAAAUGCAUUGCACCCAUAUUUGACAAAAAACUAAAGAACUUCAGGGCGAUGGAAGGUGUCCCUGUCACUUUCUCAUGUAAAUUGGUGGGAAUCCCACUUCCAAAGGUUUACUGGUUCAAGGAUGGCAAGCAGAUCUUGAGGAAGAACACCCAUUACAGGAAGAUAAGGGAGGGGGAUGGGACCUGUGCUUUACACAUAGAGUCUACAACCAGUGAUGAUGAUGGCAACUACACCAUCAUGGCAGCUAAUCCACAGGGACGAAUCAGCUGCUCGGGCCAUUUGAUUGUGCAAUCAGGACCUCCCCGAAACCGAAUGACACCUAUUCACUCUCAGAGGGUGCGAACCCGCAUUCAGGAAGUUGAAAGUGAACAAACCCAGGAGCGCUUUUUUCGGCCUCACUUCCUCCAGGCUCCAGGAGACAUGAUGGCUCAUGAGGGAAGACUGUGCAGACUAGACUGUAAGGUGAGUGGCCUACCUAACCCAGAGCUGAUGUGGUUGGUCAACGGGAAGCCGAUCUAUCCGGACAUUUACCACAAGAUGCUGGUGAGGGAGAAUGGCAUCCAUUCUCUGGUCAUUGACCCCCUGAUGCAGGGUGACGCCGGCACAUACACCUGCAUCGCAAGCAAUAAAGCUGGGCAGAGCUCCUUUAGUCUGGAUCUGAAAGUUGUGGAAAAAGAGAUGAAGCACCCGCCACAGUUUGUGGAGAAGCUGCAGAACAUGGGUAUUCCUGAGGGGACUCCGGUGAGGCUGGAGUGUCGUGUGCUGGGUAUGCCCCCUCCAGUCAUCUUCUGGAAGAAAGACAAUGAAACCAUUCCUAGAACUAAGGAAAGAAUCAGCAUGACCCAGGACACCACAGGAUAUGUGUGUCUUCUCAUCCAGCCAACAACAAAGGAUGAUGCUGGCUGGUACACAGUGUCAGCAAAAAAUGAGGCUGGAAUCAUAUCUUGCACCUGCAGACUUGAUAUCUAUGCACAGUGGCAUCAGAGCAUCCCAGCACCCAUGAAGAAAGCUCCGCGAACAGGCAGCCGCUACGCCGCUCUGACGGGUCAGGGGCUCGACAUCAAGUCAGUGUUUCCUACGUCGGAUACCAGCCCCAUCCUGUUCUCCAGCUCCCCUCCUGAGGCCACCCUGGAGAGCGAGGAGCUGUGAACGACCUUCCAGCACAUUCUGUGACCUGCUCGAGGUCCAAACAGUAGAGGGGCUCAAAGGAGAGAGGUUAUCUGAGCAGAUUUGUGUGAUGCAUUUGAAGUGAUACAUUCAGAUUAGAAUGGCAGAUUUCUUGUGUUAAAGCUAUCAGCACUGAUAGUGGGUUUAUCACCAUUCCUAUUUACUCAAGUCAUACGAAUACGAGUGUUUCACAUGCAGAAAAAUUACAGAUUUGCAAAGUCUUAGCUCAUGAGCCAUCUGUGGUGUUGAAUAUUGUUUUCUGAAAGGUUUGGAUGAUUUGUUUUCAACAUCGUACUUAAAUAUGAUGGUGCGGUUGCUGUAUGUUGGUGAAAACCUCUGUUCUUAAUUGUUAGUCCAGUUCUCAAAGUGGUUCUAACAUCACUUGUUUUUACUACAAAUCACAUAUACCUGUACUGGUAGACAUUGUUUCUUUUAAGGUUUAUAUAAAACGUAGUUCUAAGUUAUUGUUUAUUAAUAAUCAUAAAUAGUGUAGAGUAUAUUAUAGACAUUUGAAUGUGCCAUUUAGAUCAGUUUAUUUAAAUGGCUCUGGCAGGGUGGGAUUCUUUCUACAUUUAACUGAAUUAUUUCUUUAAGUUCAUCACUGGCUCACAUUUUUGCAGCAUGUUUUCAUGUGCAUGCAUGCCUGAGGCUGAUGGAGAAUCAGAUAUACCUAAAGAAACACACUGUGUCCGCUCACAGCCACGAUAAUGCUAUGCUGUUAUUCAAGUCUCAUUGGGGGCUUGUAGUUGAAACACUGACAACACUUUCUUUGAUUUUUUAUUUUUAUUUUUUGGCUUUCAUGUGAGUUGGAUCAAUUUUUGUUCUGACAAAGACUGAUCUCCUUAAUUAGAUCCACAGUUCAGGAUGUGUUAUCAGAGGAAUGUGUCAGAUUAGACUAAAACCUUGUGAAAGAAUCUCCUGAGUGUGAUAAAAAGCAACUGUUGGCUUUGAGAUCAAUAUUGAACAACGACAGACUUUGAUUCAAUAAAAUCAAGUCAGUUUGAAAACAUUUUGAAGGAAAAUUUGAAAGCACAUAUUUAACUGAUGUAAAGUUGCACAUUGUAAAAUAGUUUUGUCCUCAGAAUAAAGUUAUAUUUAUUCAAAUGA